AUGGUAGCAAAGGUCCACAAAUCCCUUUGGGAUACUAUAUCACAUGAAAUCUCUGAUCUCGGUACUGCAGCGACUGCAACCCAGUGCUUUAACAAAUGGAAAGCCAUGAAAGGGGAAUACAAAAACACUGUUGAUAACAAUUCCCGUACAGCUGCAGAAAAGAAAACAUGUCCUUUUUAUGACGAUUUCGGAGAACUCUAUGGUAACAAAAGUGGAACAAGACCACAAUAUGUGAUGGCUUCCAAAAAGGUAAAUACUGAAGAUGACAAGGAAGAUUCUACAUGCAAUUCAGGAUCAUCACCAGAAUCCUCCUCUAAGACAUCAACAUCAUCAUCAUCGUCAUCUGCUGCAAAGAAGAUCACAAAACGAAAAAGAAAAGAUCAGUUCUCGUUACUAGAGGAAUACACUAAAGGACAAGAAAAAUAUCGUAAAGAGAGAUUUGGUAUCAACUUAAAGGAAUUUUAUGAUUUCCAAAAAUAUGACCAAGAUUACUGCAAAGACCUACAAUUGUACCUUAUGCCUACUCCCACUAAAUGUUUCAAUUCACCAGUUUCAUACGUAACACCUAUUGUCAACUCUGACUGUGAAAAUAUGGAUGAAGAUGUGUCUUCACAGCAAUUGUCAACCAAGUGUUUCACUCCUCAGACAUUACUCAUUGAAACAGGUUUAAAUAUUGAGCAUGUGUCUGAUACAGUCAGUAUUCAGAUCGGGAACAUCACUUUUGUUCCUAUCAAGGAAUUUCAUUGCAUGUUAACAUGUGCAUUAGAAAAAUAUGUUUUAUCUCUGUCCUACAAUGUUGAAGAAGUGCAAGAUGAGCAACUUUUUUCAUAA